CAACGCUUCGUACAGUACACAUCUCAGCUACACAGCAGCUAAACACAAAAUUCCAAAACACAUCAUCAUGUGCCAGAACAAGAUCAACACCAACAACAACACCAUGACCAUCAAGUCGAACAAGAAGCUGUCCUACAGCGUGAAGAAACUGCUGCAGAAGAUCUUCAAGCAGCAGCAGCGCGUCGAGGAGGAGCAGAAUCUGAAGAACGCCCUCAAGGCCAACUCUUUGGAGUCUCUGGAAUCCAUGGAGAACAGCCGCAACGCCGAUCUGGAGUCCGCCUCCAUUUGCGCCUCCCUCGAGUCCUGCGAGAACGAGGCCAACGAGCGUCUCUCCCAAUCCUGCGAAAUCGAGGACUACGAGUUCGAGCAACUGCCCACCGUUCCCGUUCACUUCGUCCGCACCGCUCACGGCACCUUCUUCUGGACCGCCGUCUCCGAUCUGCCAGCCGACAACGAUCUCGUCGAGCCCCUCUACUGCAGCACCUCCAACGCCAUCGCCAUCCCCCAGGAUCGUUGGGUUCAGGCCUAAGCUAUAUCAGCAUCCU